GGGCUCCGACGCGUCACGUGACCGGGCGAGGCGGGGAUCGCUGCGCGCCGGACUCGGGCCCGCGGCGGCGGCUGCGUCGCGGAGCCAGCUGCAGCACAGAAGUUGUUUGAAAGGUGAAGGAAUGAACACACUGUUGUCCUCUCAUCUCAUACUGAAGUGGACAUCUCUGUUUUCUGCAGCUGAAAUGACUUACUAAGCCUGGAGAGAGCAGGAGAAAUAAAAAGAGGAAGUUUAUGUCUCUAAUUUGUACUUUUUCAUCAGAUACCCAGCAUGGCCUCAUCAGCAACACCUAAAUAUAAUUCAAACUCCUUGGAAAGUUCCUCAAGUAAAAGGACUCUGAAAGAUGGAACUAACUGGGAACAAAAUGAAGAAAUACCUCGUCUGCCAGGAGAGACCAGAGUUACAGACAAGGAAGUCAUUUAUAUGUGUCCAUUUAAUGGCCCUGUUAAAGGAAGAGUGUACAUCACAAACUACAGGCUGUACCUAAGAAGUGUAGAAAAUGAUCCAGUUGUGGUGCUGAAUGUUCCAUUGGGUGUCAUUUCAAGGAUUGAAAAAAUGGGAGGAGCUUCAAGUAGGGGGGAGAACUCUUAUGGAUUGGAUAUAACCUGUAAAGAUAUGAGAAAUUUACGGUUUGCAUUAAAGCAAGAAGGGCACAGUAGAAGAGAUAUAUUUGAAGUGCUUACAAAAUAUGCUUUCCCACAGUCACAUAACUUGCUUUUUUUUGCAUUUGUAAAUGAAGAAAAGUUUUCUGAAAAUGGAUGGAUGGUGUACAAUCCAAUGUCUGAAUACAGGAGACAAGGACUGCCGAACGAGCGGUGGCGAGUAACGUUUAUCAAUGAACAUUAUGGGCUGUGUGACACAUACCCAUCACUCCUAGUAGUGCCAUAUCAUGCAACAGAUGAUGACCUCAAGAAAGUUGCUUCCUUUAGGUCCCGAAAUAGAAUCCCGGUCCUGUCAUGGAUUCAUCCAGAGACUCAGGCUGUUAUUAUGCGUUGCAGUCAGCCCCUUGUUGGGAUGAGUGGCAAGAGGAAUAAAGAUGAUGAAAGAUACCUUGAUAUCAUCAGGGAGGCCAAUGGGCAGAUCUCAAAACUGACCAUUUAUGAUGCUAGGCCCAAUGUCAAUGCAGUUGCAAACAAGGCAACUGGGGGAGGAUAUGAAGGUGAAGAUGCAUAUCCCAAUGCAGAACUUUUCUUUCUGGACAUUCAUAAUAUUCAUGUCAUGAGGGAAUCUCUGAAGAAGUUGAAGGAUAUUGUUUAUCCUAACGUGGAAGAAUCACACUGGUUGUCAAGUCUAGAAUCAACCCAUUGGUUAGAGCAUAUAAAGCUUGUCCUGACAGGAGCUAUUCAGGUGGCUGACAAGGUGUCCUCAGGAAGGAGCUCUGUGCUGGUUCACUGCAGUGAUGGCUGGGACAGAACAGCCCAGCUGACAUCACUGGCCAUGUUGAUGCUUGACAGCUACUACAGAACCAUUGAAGGCUUUGAAGUUCUGGUGCAAAAAGAGUGGAUAAGCUUCGGGCACAAAUUUGCAUCGAGGAUAGGCCAUGGUGAUAAAAAUCAUGCUGAUGCAGACAGAUCACCCAUCUUUCUCCAGUUUAUUGAUUGUGUGUGGCAGAUGUCUAAACAGUUUCCCACAGCCUUUGAAUUCAAUGAGCAGUUCUUGAUCACAAUCCUGGAUCACUUGUACAGCUGCCGGUUUGGUACUUUCUUAUACAACAGUGAGUCUCUGAGAGAAAAAGAGAAAGUCACGGAGAAAACGUUGUCGUUAUGGUCUUUGAUUAACAGUGACAAAUCUAAAUACACCAAUCCUUUUUACACUAAAGAGCUGAACAGAGCACUCUACCCGGUAGCAAGCAUGAGGCACUUGGAGCUCUGGGUCAGUUACUACAUCAGGUGGAACCCAAGGAUCCGACAGCAACAGCCCAAUCCCGUGGAGCAGCGUUACAUGGAGCUCCUUGCAUUACGUGAUGAUUACAUGAAGAGACUUGAAGAACUACAGAUCACAAAUAAUUCCAAGAUAUCCAACUCAUCAGCCUCAUCAGCGUCCCCCUCACAAAUGAUGUCCCAAGUACAAACACAUUUUUGAGGAAAAUGUUUGCUUCAUUCUGUUCUUUAAUAGCAAGUGGUGCUUAACAUAGAUGUAUAGCAUAAAGAGGAAUAUUUUAAUGCCUUACAUUAGGCUGGCCUAACACAGAUUAUUUUAGACUCUCUUCAUUUGAGGAGGACUUCAAAACAAAGAAACCCAACCCUUCAAUUGUGUGCCUUUCAGAACCUGUGGACUGGGAACAUGAUUAAUCAACUUCUAGUUAUGGAGGGCUUUAAGGAUUAUUUUGGGAAGUCUGGUACAAUUGAAAGUAAAUUGAUUUAUUGUUUUCAUAAGACUGCUUUAAUUUAUUACAUUUUAAGUAAUGUUCCUGUAAGGAAAUUCAUGGUCAGUCUUAGAUGUCAUGAAGAAACACAGUAAUGUCAAAAGGAACAUUGACAUUGUAUAAAAUGAGGAGUUCAUGACCUAAAAGUACAUUCUACUGUAAGGUUUCAGAGAGAAGAGUUGAAAUUUUCUGGUGAACUCACAAUUCCAAAUUUUCCUGUAUCAAAACAGAAAUAUGGAAGGGAUUUCAGUGAUGUGCUUCUGAUUAAAAAGUUCAAAUAGCUGAGUAGAUAUGAAAAUUUAAAAAAAUCAUCUUGUUUUGUUUGAAACAAAUCACAAUUGUACUUGAUUCUGAGAAGUCCUGUUUUGCCUAAGUGUUCAGCACUAAAGCAUAUUAUAAAUUAUCACUGCUGGCACUGUUGGUACUUUGGAUUUAUAGAGUUUAAAACAGUUCUAAAAAGGUUUAUAUAAUUAAAAUCAGACCUACAGAGACACUGCAAAUAUCCAGCAAUAGCCACAGUGUUAUGCUUUUACCAAGAAAGGUUGGACCAGAUGAUCCUUGAAGUCCCUUCCAACCUGGUAUUCUAUGAUUAAAGCUUUUUGUUUGUUUUAUGAAAGUAAAUGUGCCUGUUUAAAGGAGCUUUUAUACCAAAGUAGGCAAAAGUUUUCAGUUAAUACUGCUGAAAAUCUGUAUGUUGAUAGCUUAUUGUUUAAUUUAACUUCUGUUCAAGGAAUUUAUUCUUAAGUAUUUAAGAUACUUAAGUGUACAAGAUUUGCUAUUGGUGUGUGCACUUUCUUCUGGUGAAGUUUCAAGCCUUCAUUUCAGAGGCUUCAUGUAAACCUUUAAUUUGUUCCUUUCAGGUAUUUUUUAAAUACUUGCAAGGAUUUAUUAUGAUAGCACAAACCUUGCUACUUGAUAUUUAAUUAAAAAUCUUACAUAUUCUCAGAAAUUUAAUGGUAUUCAGGCAAUCCAGGAAACACUGCAAUUCAGAAUCUGUAGAGGACUCUAAUGUUGUUAUUUUAAAGGAGAUGUUUUGAUGCUUGAGGCUUCUAUCAUUGUAAAUUAUUGUACAUGUGGUGAGUUUUAAUCUGCAAGAUAUAAUAGGAUUAUAUAUAAAUUAAGUUUUGUGUAAGUAUAUAAUAUAGUUUAUUAGAAACUCUGCAAAUUUAUAAAGUGUAAAUAUUUUGCAUAUGAAAACUAAAUUUAAAGCUAUAGUUGCAUAAAGUAAGGCAAAGUUUAGAGGACAACUGAAUAUUUUUAGAAGUGUUUUUUCAUAGGAAUAAAAGUAUACCACCUCUUGAUUUAAUUCAGUAUAUAAACUGAAUUGCACUAUUUUUUCAGGGAAGCUCAGAGCAUAUGGCACGUUGUGUUCAACAAAAACAUUUUUAUGACUUACUUUUGUCCUCUGAAUUUCAUUCUCCCAUCAGUGUUUUUCAUUAUGUUUUCAAAACAAUAAAAUUGUCCCAAAAUCUUGAUUUGUCAAGGUAAAGAUGAUGUAUUACAUCAUAGAAAUGAAAAGGAGAGUCAGUUGCUCAAGAUAUACAUUUUGAAAGCUAUGCAUACUCUGGUAUAUUUGCCUUCUAGUUGUGGUUUAUAAAAAAAGCUGGUUUUAUUAGACUAUUUAAAAUUUCUUUAUUUCAGUUGAAUGCAUUGGUGACAUCUGUGAGCAGUGUGGAGGAGUUAAAAAAAAUCUAAUAGUUUUUACUGCCUAAACACUACAGGCUAACCUAUUGCAUUUGGGAAAGUGUAAUGUAAUGAAGAGGAUCUUUUUGCACUUAUUUCAUGACAUAUAUCCUGUUUUUCAUCUUGCUGGUUAAGUCAGAUUUCAGUCUUUGAAGCUCUCUAACACAGCUCUACGUGAGCUUGGAUUUUUUUUUUCAAGUUGACAGAUAAGUUUUAAAUUCUUAUUUUUACUUAGCAAUAUUAGGCAAGCAUAGGGGUGGUUUAAGCCAAUACUUUCUGAAUAAAGCUACUUGAAAGUUUUUGUGAAGGCAGGCACACAAACUGAUCAAUGUCAACAGGAGAUUUUUCUCCUUUCCACAUCAACACAUGGCCCAGGCUGCCUCUGCCAAGCACUGUGUGGGGCACCUUCCUGCCCCUUCCCUGCUCUUGGUUCCUUUUUGUCACUGUCACACCUGAAACAAACCAGGGCAAGAUGUUCAGAUGAUGAAUGAAAGGGUUUCCAGGCACUGAGUGCCUUUUCCAUGAGGAGUAAGAAAGUUGGCCUGGGAUGUCAACACCAACAGCAAUAAAAAGCUUAAUAUCCAGUCCUAAAUUGCCAUUUUGGGAUGAUAAUUUUAGCCAUUUCCUUUCUGUAUUCUUUCUUCUGUGGAUCCCUGAAGAUAACCCAGUUUUUGUGAUGGGCUUCAUUAACUUAUUUUAAAAGUUUACUUGUUGAUUGCCUUCUUUAUUUGUUUAUGCCUUACCCACCCCAGCAUCAUGGUUAUGGUUAUACCCUACAAAUGCUUUAUGUACUACCUCCUUUUGACGUGUUUUUAAACUCGGCCUUGACUUCAGUUUUGUGUCUGGCAGUGAGCAUUUUGUGUCAUGCUUGAGAGAAAACAGCCUUUUUGUAACCAACCCUCUCCUUGCUCCUCCUUAAUGAACAGCUGGAUACCGCACGCCUCCUCUGGAGCUGGGUCUCACUUAUCAAGCGACUUUUGGGCGGGGAGCGGAGAGUUUACCAUCUGUCUGCCAUGUACGUGUGUGAAGGGAAACACAAAAAAAAUAAAGAUGUCAGCUCUAA